AUGUUUCAGGUGCGAGGUCGUCCACAGCCGCAAGAUGUUUUAUGGUCCUUAAAUGGAGUGAAUCUCGAAUACGGUCGGUUGGGAGGUCGUCUCCAAAUACAUCAAGUUCCACGACAGUUCGGCGUUGAAAGUCGGUUGGCGAUCCAAAGUGUACGGGAUUCCGAUUUUGGCACUUAUAACUGUACUGCCUAUAACGAGCUGGGAAAUGAUUUUCAAACAGUUGAGCUGAAACCGAAGAGCGUGGUUGAUGCCGUUAUU